AUGAAAGCGAUUCGUGAACUGCGUCCACCUUGCGUUCAAAUAUGGCUUUGUUCGGUACCGACUGUGGUCGCAAGACGAGUUAUAUCGAAAGUCUGGCGGACAAACAGAGUUUCGAACGACCGUAUUAAGUUCAUAUUCUGUUCCUGUUCACACCACUCUCGCUUGCACGAUCGUGCCACUGUUCUGGCCUACUUAUUCUGGAGGGUCCACACCCAAGAGAAGCACUGGACUCGAGUUUCGCUCUUACUAGAGCUCGUCAGCAGCACAUAUCCAAUGACCGUGCCGGGAUUUGAACCCCGGAGAUCUGACAUGCGAGGUGAGUGUGAAACCACUACUCCACCAACGCACGUUGGGCGCGACGCAUGUGAAUUUUCACGUCUGAACAGGCCAACGCGUUCACACUUGAGCGAUGUGAUCCGUGUGCCCAACUCAUCGAACGACGACCCAGCAACUGUCCUGGUUAUGACGAUCGAUUUACACGCCAGCCAGGACUUCCCGGUCAGCGUAACUUAUCCGGUGAGUCCACACCAAGGGGAAGCACUGAACUCGAAUUCCGCUCUUAUUAGAGCUCAUCAGCAGUGCAUAUCCAAUGGCCGUGCCGGGAUUCGAACCCCGGACAUCUGA